GUAAAUAUUUAUCAACUUCCCCCCUUUCCCAACAACCGGUCGGCCUCUUCCGGAAAUCGGCCAUUAUAGAAGCACAAUGGGCCGUGUUAUCAGAUCCCAGAGAAAGGGUCCUGGGGGCAUUUUCAAGGCCCAUACAAGAACCAGGAAAGGGAAGGCCGCUCUUCGACCUGUUGAUUUUGCUGAACGUCAUGGAUACAUCAAGGGUGUAAUCAGAGACAUCAUCCAUGACCCAGGCAGAGGUGCACCUCUUGCCAAGGUAGCAUUCCGUGAUCCCUACAAGUACCGACACAGGACCGAGACCUUCGUAGCUGCCGAAGGCAUGUACACUGGACAGUUUGUGUACUGUGGAAAGAAGGCAUCCCUGCAAAUUGGAAACAUUUUGCCAGUUGGAGUCAUGCCCGAAGGAACCAUCGUAUGUUGUCUUGAAGAAAAGGCAGGUGACCGUGGCAAACUGGCCCGUGCCUCAGGAAACUACGCCACAGUUAUCUCCCAUAACCCCGAUACCAAGAAAAGCCGUGUAAAACUGCCAUCUGGCUCAAAGAAGGUCAUCCCGUCAGCCAACAGAGCCAUGGUUGGUAUCGUUGCUGGUGGUGGAAGGAUUGACAAACCCAUGUUGAAGGCUGGCCGUGCCUACUUCAAAUACAAGGUUAAGAGGAACUGCUGGCCUAAAGUUCGUGGUGUGGCUAUGAACCCAGUUGAACAUCCUCACGGAGGUGGUAACCAUCAGCAUAUUGGUAAAGCAUCCACAGUCAGACGAGACACUUCAGCGGGUAGAAAGGUCGGUCUUAUUGCCGCUCGUCGUACUGGUCGUCUGCGAGGAACAAAACAGAUUGCCAAGCCAGGCGAGAAAGAAUAAAAUGCAAAUUUGUGAUAGUGUACGUCGGUCAAUUAAAAAUCCCUUGAUGGAGAAA